AUGUCACAAGGAAUCAUAAAAAAAUUUAAAACAAUCAAUAAAUGUUAUGGACAGUUAGUUCUUGGGCCCCCAGGUGCAGGUAAAACAACAUAUUGUAAUAAAAUGUCCGAGUUACUGAUGAAUCUUGGUAGAAAUGUUGUGGUGGUAAAUCUUGAUCCUGCUAAUGAUUUGAUGGCCUAUAAGCCUGGUAUUGAUGUCAGAAAUUUAAUAUGCCUCGAAGAUGCUAUGGUUCAGAAUGAACUAGGGCCUAAUGGUGCCCUGUUAUAUUGUAUGGAAUACCUAGAAAGAAAUUUAGAUUGGUUGCUUGGACAAAUUCAAACUGAUAACCCAACAUACUAUAUUUUUGAUUUACCAGGGCAGGUGGAACUUUAUUGCUAUCACAAUAGCCUAAGUAAUAUCUUUGCAAGGCUGACCAGUGAUGCAAAUCUUCAACUUUGUGUCAUACAUUUAGUUGAUUCACAUCAUUGCUCUGAUGCAGGCAAGUUCAUUGCUGCCCUAAUGUUGUCUUUGAAUGCAAUGCUCAAAAUUGGACUGCCUCACAUCAAUCUUUUAACAAAAACAGAUUUACUGCAAAAGCAUAUGGAUAAACUUCAUUUUGGAAUAGAUUUUUACACUCAGGUUUUGGAUUUGAAUUAUUUACUUGAUUGCUUAGACGCAGAUGUAUUUAUGAAUAAAUAUAAAAAGUUAAAUAGUGCUUUAGUUUCAAUUAUUGAAGACUAUAGUUUGGUAACAUUCCAGUUAGUGAAUGUGAUGCAGGAACAAAGUUUGCUUAAUGUUAAAAACCUCAUAGAUAAAGCAAAUGGAUAUGUAUUUAAAUGUGAUGAAGGUAGACACAUUAACAGUAUGCUAGCCUGUGCUAUGGGUGUCAGUGAUUCCAAUAAUUAUGAUAUGUUAUAA